AUGCAUCCUCAACAAGUCGACAGUACUGUUUCAUCCUUCUCCUCCUCCUCUCCUUCGCCACUGUCCAUGACAACAACCUCGCAUCGAGUGGCUCAUCUGUCCAAGAAAUUUGAAUCAAGCCCAUCCACAGCCACUGUCAACGGCGUCGGUCUGCUUUCACAGAAUGAUCCAUUCGUCACAACCACACGAGGAACAGCGAUGAAGAAGAAUGUCAUCAACCAGAACAACAACACGACGAACAAGCGCCAUACCGUUUCCUAUUCCUCGAGCAAUUCCGCAAAGAACAAAAUUGCACUCUUUGAAAAACAGCAAUCUAACAAUCAAUCCGUGCGAUCUGAUUUGACAACCUCGAAACCCUUCUCUCAAAGCUUCAAGCAGAAACCUUCUAAUGCUUCUUCUUCGUUCAUUCAAAAUCAUUCUAAUUCUUCUUCUCCGAAACAGGAAGUCAGAAAAACCAUCAAGAGCUUUGAAGAUUUGAAUCAAAAGUCAUCAUCAGAGCUUCCCUCUCAUCACACACACAACGAUGUGAAGCGACACUUUAAACUCAAUCCUCACUCACAACAGGACUUUAACAAGAGAUUUCACAACAUUCUUCACAAGAUGGAAAAUGACAUGCAACAAACAGAUCUGUACAAGGAAGCCAUGGAAAUGCAUAAGAGAAAGAGUGUUAUGGUAAUGACGACUCAUACCACAGAAGACAAUUCUUCUUGGACCGACGCUGAAGAAAAUCGAUUGCAACAAUUAUUGAAAUUAUUGAGAGAGGAAGCCAUGAAACAAUUGGAAAAAUUGGAGAGCAUGAUCAAACAAGAACGACAUUCCAUGAGAUUAACCUCAUCAUUUUCACAAUCCUCACCUAAUCUUGUUUCCGUAAAAAACAACAAGAAGGAUUCUCCAUCAAUGAGUCAAAAUGAAACCAUACCUUCGAAUGUUGUUGGAAAUAAUUUGAAAAAUGUUCACACCAAUCUCAUACUUCAAAAGAUUCAACAUGAAAAAAAGGAAUCCAUCGAGCAAGCUUUACAACAAGAGAAAUCCAAAGAUGCAUCACUGAGUACAAGCUCGCAAUUCCAAUUGGUUGGCAAACCUCUGAAAGAACGUCCUCUUCCUGAAACUCCAAUAUUUAUGACCUCCUCUCCUUUCUUAUCAUCCCCUCGAAAGGUAUCUUCUCCUCAGAGAUCCGUCCCAGAAAUUGAAACUGUUAUUGAGGAAAAGAGGAAGAGACUCACAAUGAAUCCAGAUCAUGUGGAGGCACUUUUUGAAUGGUGA